GUCAGCAGUGCCACGUCAGCAACAGUGCCACGUCAGCAGUGCCACGUCAGCAACAGUGCCACGUCAGCAACAGUGCCACGUCAGCAGUGCCCCGCCACCAUGAUGGGCGCCACUCUGGGCAUGCCAGGCCAACUGGCCAACGAGUCUAUUGCCAACUACAAACAGCGGUUCCAGACUCAGCUCGCACUGAUCGAGACUGAGGAACAGCGCCAGCUGGCAGCCGAGGCUGCCCGCCUACAGGCUGAAGCAGCGGCAACAGCUGAGAAGCAGCGGCUUCAGGCCGAAGCAGAUGCAGAUACCCAGGCACGCCGAAAGGAAGCCCAGGAUCUGCUGCAGCGGCAUGAAGCCGCCAGCAUCGAAAGACUCAAGUAUUGGCAUUUUGAACCAUCCGAGGAGCACGACGACGCGACACCGACGGAGCAGCAGAGGGAAUUCAUGGCCAAACCCGUGACUCGGUUGGUUUACACUUGUAACCACCUGCAGUCCGAGCUGGCGAAUAUGCAGCAGGCCAUGCGGAACCACAAGGCUCAGAAUGAGGAUGCAACACGGGCAUUUGAUUCCCGGAUGCAGGACUUGGAGCAAGUUGCACCAAGACCGGAGGCUGGCGAGUCCAGCAAUGCACCCUCUGCCCGCCAACUGGAGCAACGCGUCGACCACAUCGUCGCAAUGCUCGGCGACAUCAACACCUUCGCUGCGCCAACCACCAUCAGCAAACAACGGGAUACCUUGAAGACCGAGGUUCAGCAACUGCAGCUGCCUAACAAGGAUGGCAACAAAACAACGCAUUAUAAGAUGCCGAUAUUCCAAAUUGAGAACUUCGAUGACUACACGCAUCAAGACCCGGUCCUCUGGUGGGAAGGCUUUACGACGCAACUGCGGAUUCUGUUCGUCGCCAAGCACGGGUACAUCGGCGCCCUGUUUCUCAACUCAAAGGGCGGAUGCCAGACCUAGUCAUGUGCAGCAUUGAGCCUUGCACUUGGUGAUCGCGAGCAAUAUGCAACCUUCGCUGAAAUCAUUGACAAGGCAAGGGAGAUCAUCAAGACCAACAGGGCAGCUGCACACGAGAAGUCAACGUGGCAGCCAACCUAUAUGGAGAAGGUGAAAACUGGUCCGCGACCGCAGCAGUUCGUUGCAGUCCAAUCGGAAAACAUUAAGGAAGACCCGGCAGCCACCCAAGCGUCACGUGAGGGAGAUCAGGUGGUUGCUGUCCAGCCGCGAAGCAACAACAAGUCCCGAGGAAACGGGAAGGCGAAAACCGCAUCGCCGGCCGGAAACGGACAGCCAGCACCAUGGGACCUCCCUGUGCCAGGAUCAGGGCAAGGAGGAUGUUCGGUCUCGUAUCAACUCGGGAAACUGAAUUCCACGGGAGGUGAGGCGACUCCACCUCCCACUCCGCCAGAUUCGGCCACCUACACAUCUGGGGAGGAUGCGAAUGUCGUAAGUUCUCGGUAUGCUUACGAGGACUAUGUUGUCCACUUGGUCCCACCGCUCGACCAACCACUCCACGUGCAACAAUCUACCACAUGCACAGUUUUAUCGCAAUCGGCAACCGAUUCGGCAGCUUCGCGGCCAUCUACCGCCGGGGAUUCAACGUCAUGGUCAAGACUUGAAGAGCUCGACCCGUUGACAUUUGCGGACUUUCAAUGGAUGCCCCUUCCCCGGUCCGGUCGAUUGCCGAAACCGCAUUGCAACGUGCUCAUGGCACAAUUGCGGAAUUACUUGCACACUGCAGUACCAACUCCGUUGAUGGACGCCGGAGUAGAGGUUGUCGACCUUCACGCCUAUAUUGCGAAGAUCGACCGCGAGUUAAAGACACAACGGUACGACGACAUCGACGCACCAUUGUUAUAUGUACGCAUUCAGAUCGGAGAGGCGACCUACAACGCUUUGAUCGAUUGCGGAGCAUCUCGCAACUACAUGACCCAGGACUUUAUGGUACGCGCCGGCCUUGGCCCACGCGUCCGUAAGAAGUUCCAGCCGACGCAAGUCACAUUGGCGGACGGUCACACGCACAAGUCAAUAGACCGGUGCAUUGAUGGUCUCCCCGUGUACUUUGCCCCACACGCGAGCGAGGCGGUGUCCUUCGAUAUUUUGGACACCAAAUUUGACAUGAUCUUGGGCAUGUCAUGGCUGCGAAGCGAGAAUCACCCGGUGAACUUCUACCGCCGCACCGUUCACAUUCGUGAUCGGAACGGAGUACUAGUCCCAUGCACGGUAGCUCCUCCUCACCCUUGUCACGUGGUGUCCGCCGCAAGCAUGCGAGCUUCCACCAUUAGAGACGACAUUGAGGAGAGGGGGGGGUGUUUUCUCCAUGCCCUCCCGCCCCAUAACGCUUCAUCGACGGACUCAUCUUCGGACCCACGCAUCACCGAGCUUCUCGACGCCUACGGCGACGUGUUCGAAGGCCCGCACGGAGUAGUACCGGAUCGGCCCAUCCGCCACGAGAUCAUCCUUGAGGACGGGGCCGUACCUCCGCGCGGUUGCAUCUACCGAAUGAUCGAGGAAGAGUUAAGUGUGCUUCGAGCACAACUCGACGACCUUCUGGAGAAAGGCUGGAUUCGGCCUAGCUCAUCGCCAUACGGUGCUCCUGUUCUCUUCGUCCAGAAGAAGAACAAGGAUUUGCGGUUGUGCAUGGAUUAUCGCAAGCUCAACGCGCAAACGAUCAGAAACACCGGCUCUCUCCCACGCAUCGACGACCUUCUCGAAUGACUGGGCGGCGCCAAGUUCUUCUCCAAGCUGGACCUCAAGUCGGGAUAUGACGAACUCG